CGCAGGGCGCCGCCCGUCGGGGCACGCCGCUCUCCGCCCCGGCUGCUCCUGCAGGCGUCCCGCCGCCCCGCAGGUCUCGGGCCGGCCGUCGGGGUGUCCGGCCGUCUGUCCAGGGUGUCUGUCUUUCCAUCAGGGUGUCGAUCAGGGCGUCCGUCUGUCCUUCAGCGUGUCCGUCGGGGUGUCCGUCAGGCCACCGCACUCUGCCCCUCGCCAUGUACACACCACUGCCCAAAAGCGGCUCCCCCUUUGGCCCCGCCGCCACCCAGCCUGGCCUGCACGUGUGGCGGGUGGAGAAGCUGCGGCCCGUGGCCGUGCCUGAGGCCGCCGCCGGCGUCUUCUGCUCGGGCGACUCCUACCUGGUGCUGUACAACGGCCCCGACGAGCGAGCCCAGCUGCACCUCUGGAUCGGGCGGGACUCGUCACCGGACGAGCAGGGGGCCUGCGCCCUGCUCUCCACUCAGCUGAACGCGCUGCUGGGCGAGCGCCCCGUGCAGUACCGCGAGGUGCAGGGCAACGAGUCCGACGUCUUCAUGGAGUACUUCCCCCGCGGCGUUAAGUACCAGGAGGGCGGCGUGGACUCGGCAUUCAGGAGCACACACCCGGCCACCGCCUCGGACCCCGUGCACCGCCUCUACCAGGUGAAGGGCAGGAGGAACAUCCGGGCCAGCGAGCGGGACCUCAGCUGGGCCAGCUUCAACACAGGCGACUGCUUCAUCCUUGACCUGGGCAAGAACAUCUUUGUGUGGUGUGGGGCCAAGUCCAACGUGCUGGAGCGCAACAAGGCACAGGACCUGGCCGCUGCCAUCCGGGACGACGAGCGACGCGGCAAGGCCCACGUGGAGGUCGUGGCUGAUGGCAAGGAGCCCCCUGAGAUGCUCCAGUUGCUGGGUCCCAAACCCACCUUGCAGGAGGGCAGCCCUGAGGAGGAUGUCAUAGCUGACCAGAGGAACGCAGGAGCGGCUGUCCUCUACAAGGUGUCGGACGCUACGGGGCGCAUGGACCUGACCCAGGUGGCAACCAGCAGCCCCUUCAGCCAGACCCUGCUCUGCUCCGACGACUGCUUCGUGCUGGACAACGGUGCUUGCGGCAAGAUCUUCGUGUGGAAAGGGCGCAAGGCCAACGAGCAGGAGCGCCAGGCGGCCCUCAAGGUGGCCGAGCAGUUCAUCGCCCGCAUGGGCUACUCGCCCCGGACCCAGGUGGAGAUCCUGCCCCAGGGCCGCGAGAGCCCCCUCUUCAAGCAGUUCUUCAGCAGCUGGAAAUGAGGGACCAGCCACCAUGUGGGGCCACCAGUGCUGGGUCCAGGACAGCAACGCCUCUUCCCCUGCUCCGUGCUGGCAUCUUCUGCAUGCCCGUGCUGUCUCCAUGCCUGAGCCAUCUCCACACCAUCUCCAUGCCUGUGCUGAUGCUGUGCCCGUGCCACCCUCAAGCCCACACCAUCUCCAUGCCCGUGCCGUGCCCACGCCAUGCCCAUCCCCGCACCAUGUCCAUGCCAUCCCCACGCCCAUGCUUUGCUCACGCCACCCCUCCCAUGCCUUCACCAUGUCCGUGCCCACCCCAUGCCCAUGCCAGCUCCAUGCCUGUGCCAUCGCCUUCAUCCUGCACCCAGGCCCUGGUGAAUAAAGAAGCAGUUCUGA